ACCACUAAAUAUGCAAAAAUAUGCACUAUAAACUUUUGAUAUGUUUUUCGUAGUGUCUUGAAAUGCAUUUCUAGCUCACUAACUCUAGCUCACUAACGGUUCAAAAAAAACAUGCAAAUGCAUGAACUUCCAGGCCCUAAUAAUAAUAGAUAAUAAUAGGUAAUUCUGGUACGAUGUGUUCUCAACCACCCACCUCUACUCAAUUGUAAAAAAUCGACCAGUCCCUGCGAUUCCCGGUAGGUAAUUUCCGAAGACGUCUUAAUCGCAAACAGUGUAGUGACCUGCUACUGGCUAGACAUAUUAUAAUAUAUGAAGUAAAUCCUAUAAAUUUAUACAUUUAUGUUUAAAUAACAUAUCAUUAUUUAACUUAGGUAUACAUAGACAUUUUAAUUUGAACCUCUCCCCUUAAAUGUUUACCUAUUGGCGCACAUGUAUGAAUGCUCCCAACAACUCCAUAAGUUUUGUUCCUAUAAUCAUACCAAACUACUGGAAAACGUCCAAAAAUCUAAAAAUACCUCCUGGCUUAAAUUGUGAGUCCUGCGGUUUACUGUCGGUUGAUAUAAUAUAUACGAACCUACCUAUUAUCUAGUCGUGCUAUUAUAAUGAACGAACUAACACCGCAGGGCGGUGAGCCUUUUUCGAUUCGACACGACCGAUUUCGUAACAUUUUAAAAACAUCUGAUUGGGAUGAAUUCACCAAGUCUACAGACGACAAACAGAAAAUACAGUUCGUGUACGAACGGCUGUACGCUGGCGGACAGGAUUCCGGUGGCUGUAAAAAUACUGAAGAUGGGCCGGCGAGUUGCAAAAACGGAGAAAAGUCUAUGGAAAUGAAAAAGUCCGGGACUGAUUAUUUUCAGAAGUCGGACUAUCGAAAUGCGUUGAACUGGUAUUCUUUAGCUGUGCUCCACUGUCCCCAAACCAAAGAUUGGAGAAUACAACUGUCGAUCAUCUACGCCAAUCGAUCGGCAUGUCUGUAUCAUUUAAAAAAUUUCGAUCUGGCCAUUUCAGACAUUCAGCGAGCGCUCGACAACGGAUAUCCCAAGGAUCUGCGAUACAAAGUGUACGAUAGGAAAGCACGGUGUUUGUUAGCCACGAAACAGUUGAAAUUGGCGGUAGAGUCGUUUAGGACAACCAUGCGGUCUCUGGACGAUUCAAAUUUGUCUCCGGACGAACGGCGCAAACGACAGCUGGACAUACAGAUCAUGCUGACGAUGAUGGUUAAGGACAAGCACACUAAGAACGGCAUCGUGGAGAACGGUACAACGGAACCGGAGGAACCGGAAGUACACGGUGGACGGAGUGAAGUGUAUCCGGCGUUCAGCAACGCAGUAUCCGUCGAAUACAACGAGACUGAAGGAAGACACGCGGUAGCCGGAAGUGACGUGCCCGUCGGAAAAGUGCUGUUGACUGAACGCGCGUACGCCUCGGUCCUACUUCGCGAGUACAGUCAUUCGCAUUGCACUAACUGUUUCGUCAGGCUGGUGGCGCCUUUGCCGUGUCCGGAUUGCGAAAGAGUGGCAUUUUGCGGCGAGUUUUGCAAAAGAAGUGCCUUAGAGUCGUAUCACGCGGUAGAAUGUUCGAUGUUGCCUGCGCUCUUCUCGGCCGGCGUUUCUAUAACGUGCUUGAUCGCACUUCGAAUAAUCACACAACGACCGUUGAAGUAUUUCAUUGACCUACGACCAAAGUUGUUGAAUCAUACGCAGAGGCCACGUGGUAAGCACGAACCCGACAACUACGUCAACUUGUACGACUUGGUCACACAUCGGGAGACGAGAUCUGUACAGGACAUAUUACACAGAACGCACGUGGCUGCUUUUUACUUGUCCUGUUUGAAAAAGACAAACUAUUUUGCUUCAGGCUGCAACACAGACAGUCGACCAACCGAUGACGAGUUAUUCAUCGGAAGUCUGUUGUUACAUCAUCUUCUUCUGCUUCAAUUUAACGCUUUCGAAGUGUCCGAACUCCGACAACAUGGCAAUGACCAAGAUACCGUGUUUAUCGGUGGUUCCGUUUACCCGACCCUAGCUUUGCUGAAUCACUCCUGUGACCCAUGCGUUGUUAGGUACCACCGAGGAACAACAGUCGUGGUACACAACAUCCGCGAAUUACAUGCUGGAGAAGCGAUUACAGAAAAUUAUGGUCCAAUGUUUAUGUUCCACCCAAAAGAAGAGCGACAACAGACACUUAAAAACAGGUAUUGGUUUGAAUGUAAUUGUAUUGCCUGCUGUCAAGAUUGGCCAACUUCGGAACAAAUGAAGACAAAUACAUCACUCAGGAUCAGGUGUAUACAUUGCAAAAACGCAAUAACAGUGACAACAGAAUCAAUGGAGUUUGCAGUCCGUUGUAUGGUUUGCUCAAAAACUACUAAACUGUUACCAGUUUUAAAAGUUUUACAGGAUACAGAGAAUAAAUACUCGGUUGCCAAACAGUUGAUGGAUAAGCACAAUUAUGAAAAGGCUUUAUCAGAGUUUAUAGCACUUUUAUCAUUAUUACAUAAGCACAUGGUACCACCUUUCAGAGACUACCAUCUAUGCCAGCAAGGAAUAAGACAGUGUAUGUUGACAUUUGGAAAUAAAUUUUACUAAUUUAUUUUUGAAUACAACACAUAAUUUAUACAAAGCUUAAUUGUAAAAUAUUCAUAUUAAAAAAAUAUAAUUAUGUGCAAAAAAAAAGUUAUACAUAAUAUAUUAUAUAUAUAAAAUAAACUAUAGUUUAUAAUAAUUCAUAGAACACUAGUCUUGUACCAUUCUCCUAAGUGUAAUUUACAUAUUUACCUUAGGUUAAUAUUUGUCAAAAUAAACAUUAAAAAAGUUUAAAAAUAAGUCAUCAAAGCUAAAUGUUUGUUUUAUAAAAUUGUUACUCAGUUAAAGAUAAAAAAAAAAAGAAUAGUAAGCUUAGUUAAGGGGAUUCAAGUUUUAACAGCACGACUUAGCUGGUUCAGCUUCGAUGUAGUUAUUAAAA